AUGAGAGUUGUUGUGAUUUUUUUAAUAUUUUUGCUAAAGUUUCAAGAUAUUUGGUGUGAUGAUGGAUUCGUAACAAUAUGGGCACCAAAAGCCGUCUUUGAAGGAGGCGACUAUAGCCUUUACUAUCAACCAAUAGGACUAAACAGCAAAAAAACAUCAAAAAUAUCAUUUCAGUUCCGAAAGAAAAAUGCAACACUUGAUUUAGAAAAUGGCAAAGGCGUUCGAUUGAAAUUUCCACCGAGCAUUACGACCGGAACUAGGAAGGAAUUUGAAUUGACUAUGACACUUUAUCGAAAGUUUAUAAAUCAAGGUAAACCUGUGCAGCAUUGUAUAACAAAAGCAUUCAAUAUAACUUCUGAGAAGAGGAGUUACUACACAUUUGUACAGAUGGAUAAGCCAAUUUAUAAGCCUGGCAAUGAAGUCAAGUUCCGUGUUCUUGUUAUUGAUAGACAUCUUAAGCCAUAUCAUAUGAAUAAUAUCCACAUUAACAUCACAGAUCCAUUAGAUCGUUCAAUUAAAGAAUUUAAGGAUCUUGGCGAUAGCUACUUGGGUGUAUUCAGCUCUGGAUUCAAUUUAAGUUCAAAUACUGCACUCGGUGACUGGAAAAUUCGUGUUGUUGUUGAUAAGAAUCAUCAUUUUGAGUACUCGAAAGUAUUUCCAGUUCAAGAGUAUGAGACACCGCAUUUUGACAUUGCUAUAUCCACAGAACAGAAGCACAUGCUUAGUACUGAUAACUUGAUAUUGUCUUUUCAUGCUCAAUACAUUUUUGGGGAGUCUGUCAAUGGAAAUGCUGAAUUAACUAUCGUUGAUCCAAAAAGCAGCAAAAAAUACUACUCAGAAUCAUUUAAGAACAUUCAAGGCAUUAAGAAGCUGACAUACAGCAUCAAAAAUAAACUUAAAGUCACCACAACCUCAAAAUUGAUUCUAGAAGCACAAAUAAUAUUUUCAGAACCCGAAAGCAGCUUCAGUGUCAAUAGAAGCAUUCAAUUUGUUGUUCAUGGUGAUCCAAAGCGUAAAAUUGAGCCUUUACAUGUCAAUACUUUUACUCCUGGAAUUCCAUUUAAUAUUAAAGUUAAAAUAAUCGAUUGGAACGGCGAGGUGCUGCUUAACAGCAACGAUAAAGUUGACAUAAAGUACAACUACAAAUUGAACAAUAAUCAGACAAAGGUUGCUUCUGGUAGCGUUGAGAUAAUUGAUGGAUAUGCGACAUAUUACUCUAUUGUACCGAAAAGUGCUUCUGGAUUGACUGUUGAAGUUGAAUUUUUGAAAACGUUUUAUAGAAAAUCUAUUGCAAAGGGUAAAGCUAGAAUCGAAAGUAAUGCAAUGUCUGUUUUCUAUUUGCCGAAGAAACCAAAACUCGGCGACGAAGUUGAAGUCUCGGUCGACAGUAUAUCAGCUCUUGGAUCAACCGUGGUUAUCUUAAUGUCAAGAAACGGAAUAUCGGAAACUUUUCAAUUCGACUGUAAAUUGAAGCUGAAUUGUAAAUUCCCUGUCAAAGUUACCAAAGACAUGAUCCCGCAAUCUACGAUUACUGUCUAUUUUGUGCAGGAGACACGGACUAUUAUGUAUGGACGAACAUCUUUAGAAACUGAGGCGAUAGGAGAGAAUUUUCUCGAUGUCUCACUACCAAAAACCGCAAAAACCAAGCAAUUGAUAAAUAUGAAAUUUAGAACAGAUUUCAAUUCAAAAAUCUAUUUGCUAGCUUUUGACAAAGCCUUAACAUCCCUAAGAGAAGGAAAUGAUAUCAAAAAGUCAGAUAUUGUCAGGAGCAUAGCAGAUUUUGAAGAUGGAUCGACUGUCUACAUUGCGAACCUAAAAUCUUGGAAGACAUGCACAGAUGAUGAAAUUAGAAGAGUUGAAAGUGGAACGAUUGAUGCAUCAAGUCACACUGGAAAUACGUUUUACGCUAGAGAAUCUGAUGAUGAUGAUGAUGACAUAGCAAUUGAUGACUUGGAUGAGCAGUCUGAAAAAGUUGAAGAUCCAAUUGAGGACGGACUUUUAAGAAACGAUUUUCCAGGAACUUGGAUUUUUAAGGAAUUUGAAUUUGGAGAUGAUGAAAUUUUAGAAAUGGAAUUUAAAGUUCCUGAUUCAAUAACAUCGUGGAUAAUAUCUGCAUUUUCCGUAAACGCUGAUUCAGGAGUUGCGCUGGCACCAACAAAGGAAUUAAGCGUCAAAAAUGAUUUUUUCUUGAAAAUGAUUUUGCCUUAUUCAAUUAAAUUCGAGGAAGUCUUUCGACUUGACAUUUUGGUACACAAUUAUUUGAAAAUAAAGUCACCGAUGAACGUAAAAGUUGAGCUAUAUGAUCCAGAUCUAAAAGAAUUUGAAUUUGUUGAGUAUGAAGGCACAACACCAACUUUUAAAAGAGUUAAAAAAUCAGCUCAAACAGUCACAGUUCCACAUUCUAACCUCAAAAAAGUAUCAUUUUACAUUCGUCCACGUUCAAGUAACAAUCAAGGUCAAGGAUAUCCAAAAUAUAUGAUACUUCGCAUCUAUGGAGAGGCAAAAGACAGUAAAGGAAAUGUCUACAAGGACAUCGUUUCAAAAAAGCUUCGAGUUGAGCCAGCUGGAAUUAAAAUUUAUCAAAUUGAAAAUAAAGUUUAUGAACUUGAUGGAAGUAAAGAUCAUCAUUAUGAAAUUACACUUGGGAGUGUCCAAAAUUUAGAGCAGACUGGAAUUGAUUAUCCAAAGAUUACCAUGGCUGUUGCUGGAGAUUAUUUGACGGAUACGAUAAAUAUGGAUUCAAGAUAUGAGUUCUUCCCAACAGAAGCGAUUGAACAAAAGACAGCAAAAUUGAAAGGAAAUGUUGAAUACUUUCGAUACAUGCUGUCAACUAGUAACAGACCUGCUACUUCAAGAUUCAGUGACUAUUAUCAGUCACUGAUGAAGCAACAAACUGCGAGAUGGCGUUCCGGAGCACCAGCUGGUUACAGAGCUUACUUUGCUGAAGCCAUCGCAUCUGCCAUGGAAAUUGGAGCAAUUCCAGCUAACAAACGGAUCAUUCAAAAUGAACUCGAUGCACUUAAAAACCUUCAAACUGAGGAUGGAGAUUUUAAUGAUUUUGGCAGCUUUCCUGAAUUUUUAACCACCGACCGACAAGAAACAGCAAAAUUCUUCCAAACUUCAUUUGUGUUGAUUCCGUUUUUGAAAUUUAAAGGAUUUAUUAAGAAAAGUUAUGAAGAUGUGAUCAAUAAAGGCUUUGAAUACCUCAAUGAUAUGGGAAAUAGGCUUAGAACUGACAAUGAAGGGCUGUCUAUAGCUGCAUAUGUUUAUGCUCUAAACGAUAAUCACGAUGAAGCUCAAAAUCUAUUGGAUGUAGUUGAACAAGAAAAGUUUCAAAUCAGUGACAAGCAAAGAUGCUUAAAAAUUUCAAGAAGUCAUAGCAAUUGUAGUAUUAGGCACACCUCAUAUGCAGCUAUUGCUUACUUCGCAAUGAACCAAGGAUCUAAUGCGAGACCAUUAAUCAACUGGCUUCUCGAGUCACACAACCUUAAUAAAUAUUAUGCAAAUACUCACACAUAUGCCAUUGCAACGGAAGCGAUUGCAAAACUAGCCAGUUCCAGGAGAUCACAUGGCACAAAUUUCACAGUUCAAUUUAAAAAUGAAGGCAAUUUCAACACAACCGUCAACAUUGAACAAAAGAAUGUCGCAAAACCUGUCGAAAUUGACUUUCCAGACUAUUCAUUAACAGCUGACAUGACAAUUUCAGGACAUGGAUACUGUUCAGUCACAACAAUCAUUGAGAAAACUGUCACAAUUGGUAAAACUACUCCAGAUUUUCGAGUAACUGUUAAGCCAACAAGCAAAAGACUUAACUCAAAUGAGAGGAUUUUAAAGGUUUGUGCUGUAUAUGAUCCACAAGGUGAUAUAAAUUUAGCAACACUGUUCGAUGUGAUUUACGAUGUGGAGAUGCCUAGUGGAUAUAUUUACUUAAAUGUCGUUGAUUUUGAAGUUAGAGCUCAUGAUAUUAAGAUGGUGUCACAGAAGCAGAAAGGCUCACGAGUCAUAAUUUAUUUCAAUGACUUUGAGCAGUCACAAGAAUAUUGUGUUGACAUUCAGGUUAGAAAGGCGUUUGAUGUCAAAGGUAUUAAAGAUUCUGGGGUGAAAGUUUACAGCUUUAAUGACAAACAAAACAUGGCAAUUGUAUUUUAUAAGUUGAACUGAUAGAGUUUUUGAAUUCCCGUCGGUAGAUGCUUAAGCCCAAAUAGCGCAAGUCGAUUAAUCACGUAGAAAUCAUGUCUUAAGCAGUAACUCUGGCAUGGUGCUAGACUCAAAUCUAAUCAAGCAUCCGCCAGCUUGGUACCGGAUUUCUAUUCAUUUAACCGUCUUGUUCUAUUCGGGAAGGAUAAUUAAGUAACGAGGCAUCUAAUUUUAAAUAUAAAUUCACUUCCACUAGCCGACGGCUAAUCUUUAGACAUUUUAAUAUGAAUUUCCAAUAAAUUUUACAAAAAAUUUAUUUUUUUUUAUUUUUCCACGUCGCUACAAAUCUUUUAAAUUUUAUUUUUAACACAAUCGAAAGCAGCAUUGAGCUUCUUCUGCAUCGAUUCUGUUGUGGUUCGAAUUCCAUAUUUUUUAAUAUGCUCAUAAAUGUUUGGAUCUGACAAAAUUACAAUAUUCAAUAAAAUCUUCUUAAUCUCAUUUUUAAUGUCAUUUUCACAUGACAAAGUCAACAAACUUCCAAAUUGAUUUUGAAACUUUAAAAUAUGAUCAUCAAGUCCUUCCGUGUCAACAAUUUUUUUGCAUGUAUCGCUAUCCAGAGUCAUUGAAGCAGUAUUGAAGGGGUCACGUUUUAGUAAAUAUGAAUUUGGAUCUAUUUUUUGUAACUCCAUUUUGAAGCAUUCAAUAUGUUCUUUUUGGAUUGUUGUGCUGUAGAAAUCAACUAAACUCUUAAUCAUUUGCUUUAAUGUGUCAAGUUUAUCUUUGUCUUCUAAGCAACUUAUAGCUGAUCCAUAAAUUAAAAUCAUAGCUUCUGGAUAAUUUAACUUUUUGCUUUUAAUUCUCCAAUACACAACUGCAUUGUUCAUACAAUAUCUUUUACGCUGAAUAGUGUUGAUUUGUCUUGAAAAUGGAUGGUCACUUGGUAUGCCUUGAUACUUAGCCGAAACAUCGCUAAACCACUCAUCAAAUGUUAACUUUCUAUCAUCAAAUGCUGAUGUGCUUAUAAAUCCUAAAGCAAUUAAUGCAACAAUAAAAUAUAUUUUCAUAUUGCUGAUUGUGA